AUGGUUAGGGAUUCUGAAGGGAAAACUGUUCUGGAUUUUGUUUCCACCAUAGACUCGGUGGAUAAGGUAGAAAACCUUAGAUCCAAGUAUGAUUUCCCUUCCGCCUUAGAGGCGAGAGCUCCAUUAGGGAACGAGAGGACCAACUCUUCUCCAAGGGGAAGAAUUACCGUGGAGGUGAUACAGUCGUCGUUGAGGGAGCAACCAGAAUUCCCCUCGAAAUCUCUGAUGAAUAAGAUCAAGAAGAAGAAGAAAAGGAUUGUGAAGGUGGGUGAUAGGGCAAAAUCCAAGAAUACCAAGGCGGAUGUGCCCCUGAAGGAAACCGCUCAGCCAAGCGUCGAGACAGUGCCCGUUGCCACUGAGUCCGUGCAGAAAACCAUGCCGGAGACGGGGCCAAGCAUGGUCCCUCCUGUGGUAGAGAAAGGAAAGGGCCCUCUCGAGGGAGAAGCCAUAGUUUUGCCUCCCCAACUGUUCGAGAGAGGCCCGUCUGUGGCAGUUCACACCUUCAGCAACCCACCUUCAAUCGAGUAUCCUAUUCUCGAGGAAUUCGCUGCCCAAUUGAAUGAAGCUGACAGCUUGCGGCUGCUGAGGAAACUUCGAGAGGACCUGGCUGUAGCAAGGGCAGAAAGGGACGAGGCGUUGUUCGAGGUGGUUACCCUCGAGGAGAAGGUUUGCCAAGUUCAGGCCAAGGAAGCAGAGAUUGUCGAGAUGCAGGCUAAAUAUAAUGAGCUCGACGAGAAGAUGAAGUCGUUUGCCAGUCUGCAUAUUUCCAAGGAGGAGCUUUACCAGUGGUGUACCGCCUUUAUGUAUAAGAUGAUGUCCAGAGGCGGAAUGGCGGCAGCCCUCGAGGAGAUGAACUUGGUUGCCACCAAGUGUGGUGUGCACCGAGUGGGCGUGGCAGCGUUGAGGAGGCUCGACCAGGAUAGGCCAAUUAAGGUCAAAUGGUUCAAGAAACUCUUGAUAAAGGACCCAAAGAAAACCAUGCAUGAGGCCAUGGUGAACGUCUUGACAAGGUUGAGCCUCGAGCAGCUCCCUCUGUGGGGAGCUUUGACCGGUGCCAUGUCCAAGAUGAGUUCCCCUGCGGAGAUUGCCUCGUUUCCGGGCGACGUCCCUGCUGUCCUGGCCAAGGGUCCGAGUGAGGAAGACCCCAUCUCCGAGGUUUCCGACGAGUAUAUGGGCAUCGAGCUCGAGGAUGCUGAUGAGGAAACCGAGGAGGAUGUUGCUGAUACUGGUCACUCCAGAGUUCAGAGAACCGUUGAGGAUGCCUCUCAGGCCCCUUCCAAGAACCCUUCCAAUGAUCCUUCCAAUGAUCCUCUCCCAGGCAGUGAUGUUGAAAGUUGGACCGUUCACCGCGUGCACCACAUGGUGUUGUCAGAGGAGCAGACGAGGGAGUUCCCGUUAUAUUCCAUGAUAAGCGGGAUUCUGAGAAGUCGUGCUGACGUGCACAGCCUCGAGAUGGUGGCGCAUUUGGAGAAUGACCUACUCGAUGCCAUGAGGACGCACAACGUGAAGGUUAACCAGCAUCUGAUAGAUGAGAUCAAAGGACUCCGCGAGGAGAUGCAGCGUCGAGAGGUUCAAAGCCUGAGAGACCACAGUGAUUCUUUGACUUUCGAGGCCGAGAUCCAUGACGAGCUGGUGACCAUGGAGAAGGAAAAUGCUCGGCUUAGGGCAAGACAGCAAAUUACUGUGUCUCCCUGGUUUCUCGAGAAGCAUCAGGUGUUAGCCUGA